AAAAUUGUCCGGAUACCCGAUCCGUCUCAUGCCUACUCUUAUCGCUAAUGUUAAUUGUUUUACAAUUAUUUUUCUGUUUGAAUUCAUCUUUUUUUUUCUUUUCCUAUAUCGUAUAGGGUUUUUAUUUUUUUAAUUGUAACAUCAAUAAUUUUUUUUUGUUUAUUUAUUGAUAAAAUUUAUUUACUAAUCUAAAUUAAUUUCGUGAUAUAAUUUUAACAACAUUAAUAUAUAUAUAUAUAUAUAUUAAAAAAUGUUUGCCUCUCUCGUGUGCUGCACCUAGGAUCCAGGUCAGAAAGUCGAGGUCCGUAGUGUCAACAAGUGUCCCGGCCACACAAAACUCAGCACUUAAUUUAUUCUCAUAUAUGUUGGGCUUUUAACGCUAAGUUUAUAUAUUUAAUGUUUUUGGACUGAUAAUUCGUAUGGUUAAGUUGGCCCGACGGCCCAUAAACAGAAACCCUAAUUCUAAUUUCGCUAGGAAAUGGACUUCGUCAUCUUCGUUUUACGGCGACUCGACUCGACAACGCCUAAGCUUCUUCUGAAUCUCUCUGAGACGGUGUGAAUUAUGGUUUCGAUUUCUAGGGUUGCCACUGUUCUUAAGCAAUUGUCGUUUAAAACCGACAAAGAAGCUCCGGCUGGGUUACGGGGAUGAGUAUUUCCUGCCAAUCUAUGGUGGUAGCCGUUGUCUAUGUCGAAUCGCCUGGACCGUUACAAAACUCUACUGCAUUCAGUCAUCGUCUUUAACGAUCUCAUUAAUACAGAUUCCCCACUCCUCUCAUGAUGUUUGCUCUUCUCGCUUCCAUUGUGCAAAUCUACAACUAUAAAUAUAGAUUAGGAUGGCAAACUCUUCACUCCUGCUCCCCAAUUUGAAAGUCAGGUGUUGUAACUCCACUGUUAAAGUUCACUGCUGAUUAAUAAGAUAUUAUGGGUGAAUGUCUCAGAGGUUCUGGUUAAGAAGAAUUCAAAACUUCCCAAACAGUAAGAAUUGACCUCUAUGAUUUGCUUGCUCACUUAGCUUAGGGUUUUGGAAGAAUUGACAUUACUCUUUGAUUUGAUUUCUGGGCUGUUAUUAGUUUUGCUCAUGUUCAUUCUUGGUUUUGGUCCAUUGUAAUUGAAGAAACACUUCAAUUAUGUUCUUCACACUUCAUAGUCUGGUCUCUGAGCCUUGGCACUUGAAUCUUCUUAUAUCUGAGUGAAAAAUUACACUUUUAUUUUAUAUUUUUAAAGUACGAAAGAGUUGCUUAUAUAUAGGUUGUUAAGAAAGAUGAAGAUGUGAAAGUUCUUGAAAUGGUGGGGGAUGAGGAUUGUUUGCCUCCACCGGCAAAGGUUAUCUUCACUAAAAUUAUCUCACUAAUAUCAAAAAGUCCGCUGAAGAUUUCAGCCAUUACAUCAUUGAGGUAGUUUUGUAUUGUAUAUGCUUCCUAUGUUUUCUUUUAGAAAGGAGGUUGGAUGACAUCAUGUUGCAGUUCUAGAAUAUUGAUGUCAUCAGAAUUAUUAGCAGUGUUCUUGGCCAGAGCAUAGCUUUGAAUUACUAAUUUACUAUGGCCGGCAGGUAGCAAUCACAUAUCAGUUUGUUUCUGUUAGGUUGAUGGUAUGGUAGCAAUUAGCAAACUUAACUGAACAAACCAUGGGAUGGAGAAAACAGGAACGCUUACAACGGACAUGAAGAAGCUGUUCCAGUUGGAGAUUUUUCACUAAAGCAACUCCAAACGAAGAGUUUCUAAUUUGUUUUUAGUGUGUUUUAUCAUUUUCUUUUCCUAGGUGAAUUUGUAAGCAUGCAAGAGUUUCAUAUAUGACUUGCUGCAACCGUAAAAAUUGUGUUUUUACUUUUAUGCGUCAAUCUUUUAAUACUACAAUAAAAGGGUCAUGUGCUAAUCUUCUUUAGAAACUUUUUUAGCACUCAAUUCAGCAAUAAUAUGACGCAUACGUUCAUUUUUUUUAAAGAGCCUUUGCAUGCGUUCAAUUUUGAAAUGAAACUUCAAGUAAAGACAUAUUUGCAAAGUUAAUUCGUUUCUUUUAAUAAAAAAAGAACAAACAACACAAAAUUUAUGGAGUACACGACAAUCAACAUAAUUCAAAUCUAUGAAGGACAGAAUAUAAGGGGUUAUUCAAUCAAGGAUAUAGGUAUUCCAAUUUCUUUGACAUAUAGUUUUAUUUUAUAUGCAAUAAAUAACAAUUAAGAAUCUUAACAUCGACACAUGUAAAUAAUUUUAUUUGGUAUUUUUUGACAAAUGUUUAAAUCCAGACACAUUUUUUGCACAAUACACAUUUGAAUAUAUUAUAGUACAUUAUAACUAUUUUGUGAAACUGAAUUAUUUUACAUGCUAGGAUAUCUAUAUAAAUAAAAUAAAGUUCUCUCUAUUGUAAACAUUUUGUUCACAUCUCACCUUCUUAUUAUUUUACUCGAAUAUAUUAACCAUUUUUUCCAUUCUAAUCAAGUGAUCAUUAUAUUUCUUUUUUUGGUAUGACAUCAUCUACAUAUAUCGUUGAAAAUUCUACAAAUUACCAAUGUUGAACCUAUUAUAAUUUAUGCAUUUAAAGAAAUUUUUAAAUUUUUAAACUUUUAGUUUAAAAUGAAAUAUUUCAAAAUAUUUAAAACAAAUUUAUUUAAAAAAAUAGUAAAUUUAUUUUACACUACAGCGAUAUUGUUCUCGAAGUUUAUACCUUCUCAUAUCGUACAUAUGUGAGUUCUUUAUUAACACAUUUUCAUGUUCUUGGUCGUUCACAUUAUCUUCAAACUCAUUAGCUUCUUUUCAAUUGUGAAAUUUGCUCUACCAAAUUUUUUACCUCUUUAAAGGAAGACAUUCAGAUUUUUUCGCUUAAAGAACCUUAUCCAGCAUCUGCUUAAAUAGCAGAACAUCCAGCAAAUUGUCCACGACUCUUUCGUUAGGAGAAAACUAUCACAUUUUAAUUAAAAUAUACACAGACUAAACUACUCACACUAAAACAGAUUGUUUUGGUUUAGAUAAUAUCAUAUUUCUCUAGCAUGAUCAUUGCAUAAUUAUAUGCAGACAUCAGUAAUCUUAUUAUAUUAGAUUGUUCUUCAUAGAGUAAUGAAAUUUACUGUUAUUUUAAUUCAGUCCAAAAAUAUUUAUUAAAAAUAACAACAUAAUCUCUGAAUUCUAUUUAUUUAUUUUUGUUUAUAAUAUUGUUUCCAAUCUACAAUUUUUUUUUAAAAAUGCUUCAUAAUGUACAUUCAUAUAAAAUAGUUUUUUUUAACUUCUCGUCUGUAGGGCGGACCGACCCUAGUAGUUUAUAUAAUAAAUUGUAAAUGAUGAAAUUAUGGAAAAUCACGUCAAAAUUAAUAGUUUAAUUAUUAAAAAAGAUAUAAAUAAUUAAAAUCAUGUAUUUUAACUGACUCUAAUACUAACAUCAUUUUAUUUAAUUGAUAUAAAUAUUAGUAUCAUUUUUUUGUAAUUGAUGUAUAUUGACAUCACUUAUAAUAGUUGAUGUAAAUAUUCUAUAUUUUUAUAUCAAUUAUUAAUAAAAUAAUGUGAAUUAGUUGCAGAACUAUUUUUAGAGUCGUUUAUUUAUAUAAGUGAUGCACACUUAUUUUACAUUAUUUAUAGCUAAUGCUAAACAACUAAUUUUUGUACUUUCAAUAGUUACUGACAAGAAAAAGAACGAUUGGUACUUGCGAUACAUUAGAUUUUGACAUGUAUCAUUGUUAAUUUAGACAUAUGAUAAUCUAUUAAUGUGCAAAAAUUAAAAUAAGUAGUUUUAUUAAUUAUUUAGAUCUUUUAUAUUUAAAAGAAACUAUAGAAUAGAACUGAUACAAGUAAAACAGAAACAUAAAUCGUAAAAUAAACAAUAUAGCAAAAAAUACCCAAUUUUUGGCAGAGGUAACCUUCCUCCUCCUCUCCAUCAUCCUCUCUCCGGAUAUCUUCAUGGCGUCGGAGAUUGACGCAGCUCCGGGUUCGUCAAUAACCUCUCCGUCUUCGUCACCAACCUCCCUGACUCUCCCUUCGAUGUUGGCUCUGUCGUCGGCUACCUCACCGACUCUGAUGGACUUGACAAACGGUACCUCUCUGUCUCUGUCUUCAUCGUCGUUGUUGUUGCGGACUUCGUCGGCUCCGAUAAAGAUGACCAACGAAACAACUCAACCUGAAUCCGUGACUCCUCCAUUGACAUCAGAAGCUGGAAUUACUCAAGUUAGUGACGCUCCUCCUUCAGAUUCACUUAACGACGUGAAUCAACCAAACUCGGUUGCUCCGACGGCUCAGUUGCAGAGAACAUCGUCACUUGAGUUUCAGAACACAUCCACUCCCAUGGUCAACAAUACAUCGCAAACGGUUCUUUCUCCUUCAAAUCAGCUUCAGAUAUCAGCUCCUGAGAAUGACAAUCCGACAACAAUUUCUUUGGAUAUCGGAACUCAAGCUUCUGAAAAGUUUGUCCCUUCUUUAGGUUCAUGGGCAAAACCUCUUGUCUUCAAACCUCUGGCCACGCCUUCCGAACCAUGUACUCCUCAUGAUUACGAUCCGGCGAUAGUUGGGAAUCAGUUAGCCGCUCUCUGGCCGUCCUUAAAUGACGAAAUUUUAAAUAAGAAACCAAAGAGUAAGUUCCCUACUCGAGCUGUCCAGCCUCCGAUUGAGAAGCUUCCUCCUCCGGAACUAAAAGCCGAUGGGAGUCUCCGCUUUCCGUGGGCUGCGAGAUUAAACGCUCAGUCGAGGAACCUUUACCGUGCAGCCACUCCUACCUACCGUCUUGAUGGCACACCUGAGGUAUCUAUUCCUUCAAAAGUGCUUAAGCUAGGUCCUGAAAAUAAGGAUGAGUACAUCAUUGGAAAGUUCCAUAAGUGUUCUCUACCACCGGGGGGUCUUGUGCAUGCUGUGGUCAAUAGAAUAUGGGGAAGAAGUUGUAAGAUCAGUUGUAAGAAGCUUGGUGACUCUUCCUUCUUGUUUCAUAUUCCGCAUCAACCUACUCGUCAUUGGGUUAUUCAGAGAGGGGUGUGGCAUAUUGAUGAUUGCUUGCUAUUUGUAUUGCCAUGGGUUCCCGAAGGUUCCUUUAAGAUCCCUGAAGUCUCCACGCUUCCGGUAUGGGCCAAUUUGAAGAAUAUACCAGACUGUUGCUAUUCAAGACUAGGAAUAAGUCAUGUUGCCUCAGGACUUGGAGAACCUAUCCUUACGCAUAAACCUCGACUUGAUCCUACUAGUAUGGGCGAAGCAAAGGUUCUAGUGGAGAUGGAGCUGGAUAGAGACUUCCCGAAACUUAUUGCACUGGAUGAUAAACAAGGUAAUAUUUUCUUUGUUAAUGUGGAAUACACAUGGAUUCCAUCUAUGUGUGAGAGGUGUGGAAACCUCGGACACAAGGCGAAGAGGUGUCUUCUACCAUCUCCGACCGUCCAGGUUCCAGAAGAUAACCAUUCAGCAAGAGAACCUUGCUCGUCAGCUCCAAAAGAUAACCAUUCCGAGGUCCCUGUAGUGGAUAUUGAUAUAGUCCUACAACAAAAGGAAAAUGCUAGUUCACCAGCUCAGACUUCUAUUAAAGAGAUAGAAGGUCUCCAUUCCACACUUGAAACCAUUCACGCAUCGCCACCUACUUCUGUUCCUUCAGAUACUACUGUGGACCACCUUGCUGCGGGAAGCACAUUGAUAGCUUCUGCACCUUCUUCCUUACCCAUUCAGCAGGAGAAUCUUGCUGCUACACUUGGCCCCGUCAACACUUUAUCCACAUUAGUAGAUCAACAGUCUACUCCCAUUACUACACUUAUUAUGGAGUCUUCUCCAUCAAGCAUUAUCAACACUGAGGCUCGGAAAACUUUAGUUGUUGAUCCCUUAACCACAUCAUCUAACGCUUGUGCUUUUGAGAGCCCCUCUCGUUUCACAUUGUUAGGAGAUGUGGAUGAAGUUGUGACAGAACCUUCUAGCUCACUCAGCUUGACAAGAGGUGGAAGGGAAAUAAAACUCCCAACCAAAUACCAAGACAUGGAUUGGAAGACAGUUAGAGGACGAGGAAAACGUGGUCGUCGCGGCCAUGGAUCCUAUCACUAGCUUUUGUCUUUCAUGUAUUGUUGGUUACUCUAGUCUCUUUCUCUAUGUUUUCAUAGGAGGAGAUUCAACCACUUUCAUGCAAACUUUAUCCAGCUAUAAGACUUUCGUCUUAUCUUGUAAUGGUUCGUUUAUAUUUAAUUUGAAAGCCUUUAGUCAAAAAAAAAAAAAAAACAAUAAAACUACAAUCGAUAUAAAUCAAUAUUGUAUGAAUUAGAAAAUUAUAAUAUUUAUAUACAUAUUUUGUAAUUACAUAAUAAUAUUAACUUUGCAAUAGUUAAGAGGACAAGUGUCCAUGAAAGGCCAACAACUUCCAAGUAUUGAUUUACAAAAAUGAAUAUAUCGUAUAUGGUUAUUGGUGACUAUUUAGUAUUUAUAGGUGUACACUGUACACUAUCCCCAAUGGUGACUGUUUAGUAUUUAUAGGUGUACACUAUCCCCAAUGAUACAUAUAUUUACACUUGGAAGUAUUACACUAAAAAUAUGGAUAGAGUAGAGACCAUCUUUAUCAGAUAUUUAAAGGGAUCUUAGGAGGAUUUAAAGGGCUUGGGCUCCACAAAAGCAUAAGAACCGGUUACAAAAGUAAUGAAUUAAGAAUAGAUCUUGGUUAAUGAUAUUAGGAGUUUUCAAGGCUUCUAAGACAAAUGUUGUAGUAUAAAUGAUUGUCGAACCAGUUCUGAGAGAUGUGAAAGCACCGAGAAUGCAAGUACUCACUUAA